AGUGUGAGGGAGGAAUGAAUUUGUGUUUAUUCCGUGCACCGGAUCGGACGGGGCGUCACGUGGUGGUAAGAAGUUGGGCGCGCGCUUUAUCGGAAAAAUCCAUCAAAAUAUUUUAUCAGGAUUAUCAAUCGUUGGUGGAUUUUGUGGUCUUUACUUCUUCGGUAUCAUUUAUGGUCAGCUCCUCUCGAUAGCGCGACCACCUUCGCAGUAUUUUGCCACACUUCAGUGAAGCUUCAGGUGUGCCCACAGCAAAAAAAAAAACGAUCCUACAAUGGCCGUUCAAUCCCCAAUUGGACUGGAUAUUCGGCAGGUGAACCUUGCGGAUGAUGUGACCCCGUUGGAAUAUCACGGGCAUUUCGAUCUAAUCGGUCGCGCAUACGUGGAAAAUACCCAAACUUCCGCUCAGAUCACCCUCGAUCGUGCGCAGAAGCCCUUCAUCAUUGGUGGACCACUUGGGGCGCAGAAGUACCUCUUUGAGCAACUCCACUUCCACUGGGGUGAUCAUGAUCAUCUCGGCUGUGAACACACCAUCGAAGGAUGCCGGUACUCCAUGGAAGCGCAUGCAGUGCACUACAAUGCAAAAUAUCGUGACUUCCAGGAAGCUGUAACAAAGCCCGAUGGGAUCGCCGUGACUGGAUUCUUCAUUCAAGCUCUCGGUGAUCGGGAUUUGCCGGAAUUCAAUAAAAUCGCCCAAGGAAUCACAAAAGUCGGAGAGCCCAAAGCCAAAGUUCAAAUUGAUCCUGAUUGCCUUUCAUGGAUGAACCUGCAGGAUCUUUCAAAACACUACUACACCUACAAGGGGUCCCUUACAACGCCCCCGUACUACGAGAGCGUCACAUGGAUCGUCUACAAGAGUCCUGUUUACGUCUCCAGUCGGCAAAUUGAACUUUUCCGUGGAUUGUGCUGCAGCAAAGAGGAUCACUCGAAGAAGAUUAUCAACAACUUCCGCGAUGUGCAGCGUCCACGACACAAUCCGCGUGUUGUCUUUGUGCGAAAUUGCAUCAAUACCAAAUCAAAAUUGUAGAAAAAAAACCAAC